UGCACUUGCCCGAAAUCAUUGCUGUAGCAUUUCUGCGCCUCCCGAACGACCCACGAAGUCGCUCGUUUAGGUUCACUCCUCCUCCUUCGUGCGUUUUAUCUCUCGGACAUACAGCAUCCCACGCUAUUCUGGACAAGAAACUGCGAGGUGUGGCCACAAUGCGGCUCCCCACACGCCGCCCGAUCCCCAGGCCCGUUGCCCCAUAGCGCCACCGGUCCCGCACGAUUCGCUUCGCAUAUAUAAUCUCCUUUCGAUUCGCCCCUACUCCCUCCAACACUACGCUAUCCCCCACACUGCUCAUCAUGGCCUCUGCCUACCAAGACCCAAGUUUCUCUCCCGCCAACGACGCAGAGCUCCUCGCGCAGGCGCGCUCUGUGCUCAGUGGCACGCUCAAAAGCCAGCAGCACGCGUUGUUCUCGCAGCCGUUGCUGUACGUGAGCGGCGCGCUGGCUGGUCGCUCCAUCCGUGGCGAGCUACACGAGCUGCGUGAUCUGCAGGUCAAUGCCGAUGGCAUGGUCGUCCCCGCCCCUGUGCUGCUCGGCCGCCUCUUUGAGAUCAAGAAGAACGAGCAGGGCUCGAAGGAGGUCGAGAUCGACGAGGAAGAGUAUGUGGCUAUCCUUCGAACCUCCACUGGCGAACGCUUGAUUCAAUACUCGGACAGGCUCGACCUCCUCUGCCUCUUCGAGGCAUCCACGGUUAACGGCGGCGAAGAAAUGCACGCUCGAGACGCGCUCCACGACGUGAUCACUUCGCCCGCCCAGCUCGUCAAGGUCGACGGCCACCCGUGCUACUUCUUCCACUUCCCGGACCUCGUCUUCAAGCGCUCGGGCACCUUCCGCCUCUCGUUCUUCUUCUUCGAGCAGGGCUCCUUCCCCGCCCAGCCCGAGCUGAGACCCUCUCCCGCUCAGCCUGCGGGCGACAUCAACAUCAUGCAGGCCAAGUGCCCUUCGCGGUCUGUUCUGGUAGUCCCGCAUCUUGCCUCGGAGGACGCCAGCGCGGACGGAGAGGCGGCGUAGAUGUCUUCGAUCCCGCGCAGGUUUGUUCGAGGUUGCGCCGGAGGUAUCGAACGAGUGAUCCGGGGAUGGACAGGCCCAGUACGAUUUUCAAGCGAGCUUGCGGCGGCCUUGAGGAGUAUAUAGCCCCCGUGAAGGUUGGGAGGCCCCGUCUAUGUGGGGCUAGGUGGUACAGUA